AUGAUAUUAGUUGGAAUCGUGGAGCCAACGAUCGGUACAGCGACGAUGAGGAGCAACCCGCUCCCCCCUCUCCUGACGGUAUUGUGCUGCCUUCAGUUUUUUGCAACCGGAGCGCCUCACAUCGUAAUUGCACAGGCUUAUGGCGUGUCUAGGUCGGCUGUCGGCAAGGCAAUUCAUGCCGUAUUUGUUAUCCUUGCAGGACUGUUAAACAGAUACGUUAAAUUUCCAACGGGGUUGGAAAUUGAAAGUGUAAAACGAAAGUUUUACAGUGUCGCCGGUUUCCCAAAUGUAGUCGGAGCAGUUGAUGGCACUCAUGUCAAGAUACAGGCACCACCAGACAACGAGGCAGAUUAUGUGAAUAGAAAGGGCUAUCAUUCCCAUAAUGUACAGGUAUGA